AUGCUAGGUAAAAGAUGGAUAAAAGCAAAGAAAAGUUGUUUAUAUUGCAUGAAAGAAAUAUCUAAAAAUAGUAAUGCAAGAGUGAGUGUAAUCAUUUUUAACUAUCAAGCUAGAAUUAUUGUUGACUGUGAAAUAGUUGAUAUAGAUUAAUGCGAAUAAAAGAUUGAUUAUGAUAGUGGAGAAACUAAUUUUUGUGAUGCCUUUUAAAAGGCAUAUGAUUUGAUAAUCAAACAUUAAAAUUAUGCAUUCGAAAAGUAACACUUAUUUAUUUCAAUAGAACUGAAAUAUUAUUUUAUACUGAUGGAGCAGGAGAGUAUCCAAAAUAAGAAAUUUAAUAAUUUACUAUGCUUCCAGAGUAAUAGAGAGCAAGAAUAUUUCUUAAUUGCUGUACUGAAGAUAAGAAUCCUAUUACUUUAUAAAUGAUUGUUAAUGAAUUUAAUAGUAGUCUUAUUAAAUCUGAGUUAAAAAGUAACUUUUUAGUAGCAGAUCUAGAAAAAGCUUGGACUGAAAUAGUCAGUAGAGAUUAUCAUAAACUUAAAAGUUGA